AUGGGAAACGAGUCAAGCAAAGCUGCCGUAGAGCGCACGAAUGAAAUCCUUGCCGAUUUCACCGCCGACGAACGGGCAAUGUUGGAUCAGAUCUUUAACGAAUGGUUGUCCGAGGAAAUGAAUGAUCAGAGGCAAGGCGCAAAAGGAAAAGAUAUUGUGUCAGGUGGGAGUGUCAAGUCCCAUCUCCCAUGCAUCCUUCCCUCAUCUCUUCUGCGCGGUCUGAUUCUCCUUUUUCAUCUCUCUACUCUACAUUCUUCGUCACCCCCUUUGUCCAUACCUAGCAGCAAGCUCGAGAAACUGCUUUUGACUCCAAUAUCUGAAUACACUAUUUCUCGCGUGGGGUUCUAUUCAUCGAUUCGCAAACUGACAAAACAGAGUAUCGUGGAUCAAGCAGAGGCUACAUAUAUCGUCAGUCAACUGGAAUGUGCGAGAAACCUUGGAGACUUUGUUGCAGAUGUUGUCAAGCUUGGAGUUGAACUUUGGUUCGAUAGAGGAGGUCAUAAAGAGAGUGGAAAGAAGGUUGCAGAUGAUAAGAGGAAUGAGACUAAGAAUCAUCAUGGCAAUAAGAAAGGUUGUGGCAGCAGUGAAGUAACGGGCGAUCGAAAUGAAGCAUUAGUAGAGUACCUUCUCGUACAGUCUUUAUUAAAACAAGGCGAAGUAGAAGACGAAAACGCACAGAGCAAUUUCUUGAAAGAGUGUUCAUACGAUGGGUAUUUCUCUUUGGACAAGUACACAGAAUGGUAUAGCAAUAAUCUGCCAUUUCAAAAAUUAACAAUUAUCGCCAUGGCUCGGCUGUUUUUAAUGCCACCUAUAGAAAAGCUGCUAUUGCCGGAUUCACAAGCAAGCGUAUCAUCGUCUUCUCUUCAAUUAGUACGCUUGCAGCAAUCAAUGCUUAUACGUCCAAGAAUCUCGAGUCCCUUUCCUUACCCUGCUUUUUCCAAUCUUCUUACACCGUCAGACUACUUUUGUGUCUGCCAACAUCUUCCUCCUGAUUGCGUUACCACACCCCACCAACUUCUUUUUUCUUCUAUAAUCGACGGUAAAUCAUGGACGUCUUUUCUUUCCUCCAUCCUUUAUGUCGGUAGUACACUCUUGAUAUUAAAGUCUUCUAAAUACAUUUUUGGUGGAUUCGCGUAUUCUGACUGGGAACUGGCUCCAAAGUUUUACGGUUCGAACGAGGCGUUUUUAUUUAGUAUCCGACCAAAGUUGAGAAUUUACAAAUCAAGUCGGUACAAUGACCACUAUCAAUAUCUGAAUUCAGGGACAGAAACGCUGAGAAAUGGAUUGGGAAUGGGUGGACAGCUAGAGUAUCCUGCAUUGUGGAUAGAGGAAGGUUUAAUUAGGGGAGAGAGUAGGGCCGGGCCAGUGUCGACUACGUAUGGAAGCGUGUGUUUGAGUGGAGAAGAGUUUUUCGAGAUUGAGGAAAUCGAAGUCUGGUUAGUGAAACCGACCACCAGAGAUCCAGACUCGCUACCACAUGGUCCCAAACACUCUGUCCUCGAUCGACAUCCAGCAGAAUUAGAGUUGUUGGAGAUGGCAACGAGUAGGAAAAUGUAUUCCAAAGACGUCAGAGAACCCGAUGUAUUACCUGCUGACGGAGACAACGAGUGA